GAUCAGGCGCGCUGUAUCUCACGGCUCGAAGGGAGGGAGGAGGGAAAUACGAGUGAUAUAGCUUGCUUUUUCUUUUUUUUUUUCUUUUGGAUGAAAGAUUGUAAAAAAUAUAUAAAAAUUUCGGUUGCACAAAAUAGAAUUUGCAGUAGGGGAAGUUUAGGAAAGCGGGAGAAUAAUUAGCCCCUAGAUUUAACUCGCAAGCUUCCAGCAUGUCGGAGAGAGGAGGGCUCCCGCGGACUGGAGGUGCUCCGUCCCCGCACUUGCAGCCCUCCAAGCCGGUGACGAUCACGUCAAAUCGACCGGUGCAGAUGAACCUGUAUGCGACAUGGGAAGUGGACCGCUCUUCGCCAAGCUGCGUGCCCAGGCUCUUUAAUCUCACCUUGAAGAAGCUGGUGAUAUUGAAGGAGCUCGAUAAAGACCUCACCUCGGUGGUUAUUGCAGUCAAACUCCAGGGCUCUAAGCGUAUUUUACGCUCCAAUGAGAUUCUGUUGUCUUCAGCUGGAUUGACAGAAACAGACCUGCAGCUCACGUUCUCUCUACAGUACCCACACUUUUUGAAGAGGGAUGCCAAUAAGCUGCAGAUCAUGCUCCAACGACGCAAGAGGUACAAGAACCGCACCAUCCUGGGCUACAAGACACUGGCGCUGGGCUUGAUCAACAUGGCCGAGGUGAUGCAGCACCCGAGCGAAGGGGCCCAGGUCCUGGGGCUCCACAGUAACGUGAAGGAUGCCUCCGUCCCUGUGGCUGAGAUCCGCGUCUACUCCCUCUCCAGCCAGCCCAUUGACCACGAGGGCCCCAAGACCAAGCUGUCUGCGGACCGCUCCCCGGAUAUGGAUAACUACUCUGAGGAAGAGGAGGAGAGCUACUCCUCAGAGCAGGAGGGGAGUGACGACCCCAUUCAGGGUCAGUACCUGUUUGACGAAGAGGAAGAAGUCCGAAAGAAGAAACCUCGUCGCAAACUGGCCUCCACCGGCUCCAUCGCCCGCGUGAAUCAACCCAACAUCAAGCAGAAGUUUGUAGCCCUUCUGAAAAGGUUUAAGGUGUCAGAUGAGGUGGGGUUUGGGUUGGAGCAUGUUUCCCGGGAGCAGAUUCAAGAUGUGGAGGAGGACCUCGACGAGCUGUAUGACAGUCUGGAGAUGUACAACCCCAGCGACAGCGGGCCAGAGAUGGAGGAGACGGAUAGCAUCCUCAGCACUCCUAAACCCAAACUCAAACCUUUCUUUGAGGGUGUAUCCCAGUCUAGCUCACAGACGGAGUUUGGUAGCCUAAGCCGUGACAUCCUCAGUCCUCAGGGGGAGCCCCCGUCAGACAGGAUGAAGCGGUCUCGCAGCCGUAAUCUGGACGAUAACAUCUCCGAGACGGACACGCUGGAGCUAAAUGAGGAGGAGAUGUUUGGAGACUUGACUCCCAGCAUCACGGUUUCUGUUCCAGAGAAGCCCAGGACUCCCAUGAAGAGCCAGAGCCUGCCCUCUCCCAGGCUGGAUGGGGGCCAUACUCCCAGGCAUAAGCGCAGUACUCCUCUGAAGGAGAGGCAGCUCUCCAAACCCCUCAGCGAGAGAACCAACAGCUCUGACAGCGAGAGGUCUCCUGAGCUCGGAUAUACCCCCCAGGUGCCCAGGAAGGCCGUGUAUGACCAGCUGAACCAGAUCCUGCUGUCAGAGGCAGCCUUGCCUGAAAGCCUGAUCCUGGUGAACAGCAGUGACUGGCAGGGCCAGUACGUGGCAGAGGUCCUGCAGGCGCAGAAGCAGCCGGUGGUCUGCACAUGCUCAGGAGCUGAGAUACAGGCUGUUCUCUCUGCUGUCCUCACCAGAAUACAGAAGUUCUGUAACUGCAAUGCUACAGUUCCCCGGCCGGUGAAGGUGACUGCGGUGGGGGGCCAGAGCUACCUGGGGGCCAUCUUGCGCUUCUUUGUCACCCAGCUGGCCAAUAAGACGUCCGACUGGCUCGGGCACAUGCGCUUCUUGGUGGUGCCCCUGGGCUCACAUCCCGUUGCCAAGCACCUGGGGGCCCUGGAUAAUCGGUACAGCUCCGCCUUCCUGGACAGUGCCUGGAGAGACCUGUUCAGCCGUCUGGAACCACCCCAGAACGAUGUUCUGGACGUGGCCGGCCGGAUCAGCCAGUACAUCAGCGGAGCCGUCGUCACUCACCAGCUGCCCAUCGCUGAAGCCAUGCUGACCUGCAAGCACCGCAACCUGGAUGAAGACUCCUACCAGAAGUUUAUUCCCUUCAUUGGGGUGGUAAAAAUUGGACUGAUCGAACCCAGUCAAGCCUCUGUAGGGGGCGAUACAGAAGAGGGCGUGCCCAUCAGCCUGGCUGUCCCAUCUACCUCCCCUCCUUCUCACGGAUCUCCGACAGGCGGCGCGAAAGAUGUGGUCGCAACCCCACCUUCCUCACCCUCCAUGAGCAGUGGGCUGUCUGUACUGGGGAGUCCCAGCAUGUCCCAUGGUGUGGACGCCAUCGGGCUGCAGGUGGACUACUGGGUGGCGUCCGGCCCGGAGAAGAGGCGGGAGGGCGAGCGGCGGGACACAGGCUCCAAGAACACCCUCAAGUGCGCCUUCCGCUCCCUGCAGGUCAGCCGGCUGCCAGGAGGGGGAGCGAGCGAGCUUCAGACACAGGCCAACACCAUGGGCAUGACUGUUGUCACUAAGGAGAAGAACAAGAAAGUUCCCACCAUAUUCCUGGGCAAGAAACCGAAGGAGAAAGACGUGGACUCCAAAAGCCAAAUCAUCGACGGCAUCACCAGACUCAUCUGCUCUGCCAAACAGCAGCAAACCAUUCUGAAAGUUUCCGUAGAUGGGUUGGAGUGGAACGAUGUGAAGUUCUUCCAGCUAGCCGCUCAGUGGCCUUCGCACGUAAAGUAUCUGCCAGUGGGACUCUUUGGUUACAGCAAGUCUUCCUCCUAGGAAGCUCUUUCACUCUGCUUUCGCUGCACAGCCAAUGACCAGCCAUGACACACUGCCGCAAGCUUCUUGAGCGAAUUGGAGCCAACCAGGGGGGCGGGCCUCUCCAUUUUUUUCUUUACGUAUUGUUUUGAUAACUUAAGUUAAAGAUUUUGAUUGUUUGUUCCUUUUUUUUGUAUUUUGGAGGUGUGGACAGUUUUUUGUUUUUUUUUGUUAUUGUUUUUGUUUCUUUUAGUUUUGCUUUUAUGAAGAAGAACUUGUCUUGGAACAUGCGUUUUUCCGCUGACAGCUAACGUUCCUUUCAGUGGAGAGGCGUGUGAAGGUGAAAAUUAUUUAUGGUAGGAAGUUCAAUAUCUGGGGGUAGUUAUAGCAGAUUGAGAAUAACAGAAAGUGCCUGGCUGGAGAUCUGAACCAAUCAUGGGACAGGGACUUUGACAUGCACAUGAAAGGUAAGAGGUCAAAGGUCAAAAGGAGCCGCUACACAAAGCAGAGUAAGAGACUUGGUUUGGUGAUGAAAAAGGCAGGGGAGGGAGGAACCACAGUUGAUUGGUGCAAAGAUAUUGUGUUGAUAUUGUGAAACAGAAUAAGCACAUGAACAGGCACUGGCUCUGGUGGCUAUUUUCACCCAUGUCCUUUUAAACACUUGCACUGAGUGGGUGGUAUUUGUUCUUUGAGGGGGUGGUACAGUCCUGCCAAAUCCUGGCUGUAGUGCAAUCACAACCCAGCUCCAGCAAUACUAAAACAUUUAAUUGGAGCGGAUUAAUCGUAUUAUACCUAAAGAUUUAUUGCGUAUGUUACAGGUAUUGACUUAAAUUCUACUACAUUAACAAUGUCAACAUUGUAGUAAAAUUAUAACUACACAUUAUUUAUAACAUAUAACAUCAUUUGUGACUACCUUGGUAUAUUUGCAGAAGUAAGCUGUAUAUUGGUGAAGAUGCAAUAUUGGUAAACAUCCCUUUAUAUGUAUUGAUGUAUGAUUACAAUCAACUGUCUGUUGACCAGUCCCAUCCCUCAGAUCAGCCAUGUACUAAUGCCAGUGUGUGGUCCUGCACACACAAUAUGCAGGCAAGGUUGUCUAUGCUGUAUAUAGUCAGCAAAGAUAAUAGCAGUGUCAUAACUCAUGGACACUCAGUUCAAGUCAAUUAUAAACUGUUCUCUUGGCUAUGUGGCCAAAGAAGGGAACAUUUUUCUUCUACUGAAACCCUUUGCUGUUCUGAGGAAAGGUGUGAAUUGUAUUUAACUGAAGAUAUCUACAGCACUUGAGAUGUGGGCUAUUUUUCGUGACUUAUACGAUGAUGAUUAUGUAUUAAGUGUGAAGUCAUGCUUUGCCUCUGUAAGUCAUAACUUUAUCCCAUUACAGAGGUGUUCCCUGGCUGUCUCACUGCACAAAAAGCAUAUGUCUUCUCAAAAUAGCAAGCCUGCUUUGGACACAUCUGAACUCUGCUACCGUUUACAUCCUUAAAAUAGGCCCUGGUCCUACCAUUCUUGUUCUUGUUUAAUGAACAUGAGAAUAUAGAACAGGACCAGUCUUGAUCUGGGAGUGUCUGUUCACCACUAUCAAAGGAAGCCCAUAAUCAGCUUUACGAUGCUCCAAGUGAACCAGGCAGAGGUUCUUCAGAUUGGUCCAGUAUCACAAAAGGAUCUCCACUAUUUCAGUGAUGACUUGACUAAUUAGUGAACUUAUGAAUUAGCAACUGUCAAAGCCACGGUGUCUGUACAGAGGAUGGGUAUCUGUAUCUGUUGGACAGAGCAUGAAACAGGAGUGAUAAUGAGGUUUCCUUUACCUUGCUCUAAAGAACAGGGGACUCUUCUUAUGACCCUCUGUGAACACUGCAAUAUGUCAAUCAAUCAGUAAUUUAGUCUGAUAGGUAGUCAUGUAGCGCUCCUUUUGAGUUUGGUCUAUAAGUAACCAGUAGGAAGUUAUACUGAAACGUGGACACAUUGCACAGAAUAAUUUCUUAUUAAUAACUUUAGAGGAAUAACUGUGUGAUACAGGAUCCAGAGUAGGGCAGGAUCUAAAUGAGAGAGUAGAGCAUGGCCCUAAGGAGACUCAAGUCCAGGGUGUGAUAUUCUUUUAAUUCUUCAAAGAAAGUAUGUUGAACAUGACUGGUUUCUCAUGGCAUCUGCCCAAAGAUGACCAGAGAAUACCCACUGGAACCAAAGCUGCAGGUUGAGGGCAGGAACAGGAUUCUUUUCACUUUUAAACCUGCGUGUGUGCUUCCUCUGUGUUCAGUCACGGCAUGACAUUCAGUGUUUUACCUGAAGCACAAGCGACUGUGGCUGCCAGUGUUACCGCAUGCAUCAGGUGUUGGAACCCUAUAGGCAUUAAAACUGCAGAGGGCACUGUGUGAGGCUUUUUGUUAAUAAUCGUCAGCAAAUAAUAAAUAUUAAACACAUCAGUGCUCUUGUACCAUGCUUGUUGGCAGUUGGCAAAAAAACAAAACAAAUGACAACAUGAUAUCAUUGCACCAUUCGACACACUGUUCAGAUAACAGUAUCUUGUGCUGUAGGUCCAGUGGCGCCACAGAAAAAUUAAGGACAUCCGUGCUUUUUGUGUUUUGAAUCCUGUUCUGUAAAGUUCAUAUCGAUGCCCCCAGAUCGGUCGUAUUGGUCUGUGGCGACUGUGGCCUUUACAUCUUCAUAAAUUGUAAGAAGGGACAAUGUGUUAGAUUGAAAUAUUAUGGGCAGGCCUGGUCUCCCUUGCUGAGAGAGACAGCAUGGUUCUGUUCAGUAAAAAUAAAGAAUGUCUAUAUUCUAAGUGUUAAAUAAAGUUUUAAAAGGUAUUAAUAUUGUUAUUGCAAUUGUAAUGUCGUAACUGUCAAAUAAUGUCCGGUCAGUAACAAAAUAUCCCAAACCUCAGUUAGUUUUGUUCCACUGUAGAAGCUCUCUAUCCUGUUGGAAAAAUCAUCUGAGGUAGAAUCCUGACCCUGGAGAGAUUGGUGCUUUAGAUCUCUGCCUCUCUCUCACACACAAUCACAGUUGGAAUCGGGCUGACCCCCGAUUCUGCAGCUGAUUUGUGGGUUUGCAGAUCCUGCUGGUUCAUGUCUCCUGCUUGUGUCAUCAGCAGAACAUAUGGACAUAUAACAACCGUGUGUGCUUGCCUUGAAGAGAAGAGGUGAUUUGUGGGAAAACCUUUAACCUGUCGCAUUCAAAAUGCUACUGAACUGUGCUGUGGGGACCAACCUAAAACCUGACUGAAUGUGUCUCGGGUUACAAAAACAACAAUCUUUUCAUUUUUGGGGACUUUGGGUACAGGGGCUUUUUCCAAAAUGUGGAAAGCAAAAUUUGUGAAGGGGUAGCCCUGCACUGCCAAAUGUAGUAAUGCUUUUGAAUUUGGCAGAGUGGAGAGUUUCCUGUAAUUGUAGUGGAGGGCUGUUAAUAUAAAUGUUGAGUGUUUUGUAAAAUUGUUCUCAUCAAAUAAGAAAAAAAAAAGAAAAAGGUCAAAUGUGAUUUCCUUUCAAGUGUUCCUGUUAAUUUAAUCCUGUUUUAUUUGACUGGAGUGUGUUGUCUGAAAAUACAGUACGCUUCAUAAAUGCUUCUUCUUCUUUGGUUUCUGAUCUUUCCCUUGUUACCCCUGAAGUGGUUCCUCCUUACCCGUCUCUGUGAGAUAAAGGUGUUUCCUUCCAUGGCAAAUGCGGAAAUGAUGCACCCAGCUUAGGUUCUGUGGAAUUUCACCUUUUUUAACCUGUUCUCUUUAUGCUACAGUUCAAAUAGUGUCAGAAUGUUUGUGUCAUUUCUGCCAUUUUGAGUCUGUUGCAUGAGGCACAAUGGUGACAGCAUUAACAAAUGUCAGACUUCACUUUUAGACAGCAAGGCCUUCUUAAGCAAAAAACCACUGAGUAUUUUUUUUUACUUUUUACCUUUGCUUUAAACUCACUUCUUUAAAACAAACCUUAAAUAUUUAAGUUGUUUUGCUCCAGGCUUUUUGGUGUGGCAGAAAUAUCUUGGCACAUGCUGAUAUCUCUCCAGGCUUAAGUGGUUGCCUGUUGUAAUGCUUGUAAAUAUAAUGUCAUCACAGAAAAGAGGUGCGUGUACAAUAGCUUUGAGUAUAUUCUUGUAUUGAUUUCUUGAAAUUGAUUAGUUUUUUGUAAUAUGGCUUUAUCAUAAUUUAAAGCUUGAUCACAGCUGUAAGUGGAAGUGGAAGUGGCCUUCACUGCUCGAACCAUCGUAAAUAAAAUAAGUUGUCUUGA